GGCGGAAGUCCAAAGCUGCUGUGUAAUUGUAGAGUUUAGCAGUCCUGAUUGUUCGUGACCGGACAGUUUGUUCACACGUUAGACAUGCCGGACUAUCUGGGAGACGACCAAAGGAAGAUUAAGGAGGAGGAGAAGGGUGACUCCCCUAUUAGAGCUUUGGAUGAAGGCGACAUCGCUCUGCUCAAAACAUAUGGUCAGAGUACCUAUUCCAGGCAGAUCAAACAAGUGGAAGAUGACAUUCAGCAGCUGCUCAAGAAGAUAAACGAGCUGACGGGCAUCAAGGAGUCUGACACAGGCCUGGCUCCACCGGCUCUCUGGGAUCUAGCUGCUGACAAGCAGACACUGCAGAGCGAGCAGCCGCUGCAGGUAGCAAGAUGCACAAAGAUCAUCAAUGCAGACUCUGAGGAUCCCAAAUACAUCAUCAACGUCAAACAGUUUGCCAAGUUUGUGGUGGACCUGAGUGACCAGGUGGCUCCAACUGACAUCGAGGAGGGCAUGAGAGUGGGGGUUGACAGAAACAAGUAUCAGAUCCACAUUCCUCUGCCUCCGAAAAUCGACCCCACUGUCACCAUGAUGCAGGUGGAAGAGAAGCCUGAUGUGACCUACAGUGAUGUUGGUGGAUGCAAGGAGCAGAUUGAGAAGCUAAGAGAGGUGGUUGAAACUCCGCUGCUCCAUCCUGAGAGGUUUGUCAAUCUGGGAAUCGAGCCUCCUAAAGGUGUGCUGCUAUUCGGGCCCCCCGGUACCGGAAAGACCCUGUGUGCCCGGGCUGUGGCCAACAGAACAGACGCCUGCUUCAUCAGAGUCAUCGGCUCCGAGCUGGUGCAGAAAUACGUGGGAGAGGGCGCCAGGAUGGUGCGUGAGCUCUUUGAGAUGGCCAGGACCAAAAAGGCCUGUCUGAUCUUCUUUGAUGAAAUUGAUGCUAUUGGAGGUGCUCGUUUUGAUGACGGCGCCGGUGGAGACAACGAGGUCCAAAGGACCAUGCUGGAGCUCAUCAAUCAGCUGGAUGGUUUCGACCCUCGAGGCAACAUCAAAGUGCUGAUGGCCACCAACAGGCCGGACACGCUGGACCCGGCCCUGAUGAGGCCCGGACGUCUGGAUAGGAAGAUCGAGUUCAGCCUGCCUGACCUUGAGGGUCGCACCCACAUCUUCAAGAUCCAUGCCCGCUCUAUGAGUGUGGAGAGAGACAUCCGCUUUGAGCUGCUGGCUCGCCUCUGUCCCAACAGCACCGGUGCCGAGAUCCGCAGCGUGUGCACCGAGGCAGGAAUGUUUGCCAUCAGGGCCCGCAGGAAGAUCGCCACAGAGAAAGAUUUCCUGGAAGCCGUUAACAAGGUCAUCAAAUCAUACGCCAAGUUCAGCGCCACUCCCAGAUACAUGACCUACAACUGAGUGUGUGCUUGUGUCUGAUUUGGCUUUGUCAAAAAAAAAAAAA